AUGGCCUCUGCUAAACCCCACAACCCGCCUCAGCUGCCCCCGCUGUUCACCGCAACACCAAUUUCCAUCCUCGAAUCUAUCAAGGAACUUAUUGAGACUUCGAAGCAAGCCCACAAGGACCUCGUCAACACCAUCUCGCCCUCCUCCGCGACAUUUGCCAACACCCUACUGCCCCUGGCUCACGCCGAGAAUGCUCUGUCUUCAGAAGCGACACUGCUGAUAUUCCUCAGAGAUGUGUCUCCCGACAAAGAAGUUCGCGAUGCUGCGGCUCAAGCGCGGACAAUCCUUCGGGACUAUCAAUUAGAGGCAUCAAUGAAUGAGGACGUCUUCAAAAUGGUUGACUCUGUCUUUGCCACUGCAGACAAACAAUCUCUCGACCCGGAGUCGCGGAACCUUUUGAGCAAAAAGUACAAAGAAUUCGUCAAGAACGGUCUGCGGAUCCCAUCUGGCGAACGACGUGACCGUUUCAAGGAGAUCCGCAGUCGCAUCGAUGCUCUCACAUCCAAGUACUCGAAGAAUUUGGCCGAGGAUAACACCGCAAUUUAUUUCGCCCCCGAUGAGCUCGAAGGCUUCCCGGAAGACACCCUGUCUGAACUUGAAAAGGGACAGACGGGCACGGAGAACGAGGGAAAGCUCAAGAUUGAGAUACCCAUGGACCUGAGCUCCGUUCUCAGGGCAGUGAAGAACCCAGCUACCGGUCAGAAAGCUAGGCUAGCAUACGACAACCGAUGUCCGGCGAAUGUUGCUAUCUUCAAGGAAGUCGUGCAACUCCGUCAUGAAGCAGCACUUUUGCUGGGUUACCCGAACCAUGCGGCGCUGAGCGUGGAGGACAAGAUGACAGCAACACGGAUAGGCUCUCUCCGCUCGAAGUUGACAGAGGCUGCGAGUAAGGACGUUGAGACCCUACUCCGACUUAAGAAGGCCGAUGUUAAGGCGAGAGGUGAAGACUUUGAUGGGCACUACUUCACUUGGGACAAUCUAUACUACGACAAUAUGCUCUUACAACAAGACUUUGCAGUGGACCAGGCCAAGAUAUCGGAGUACUUCCCACUGCAAUCGACUGUGAAUGGGAUGCUCGGGGUCUUUGAGCAGCUGUUCGCCCUGGUCUGCAACUUCCAGCGCCCAAGCGCCUCAAAACCCACUCUCCUCCGUCACCCGGACGUCGUUGUUCUUUUCCACCAAUUGGGUCACGGCAUUCACGACCUUGUAUCCCGCACCAAGUUCGCACGUUUUCAUGGGCCUAUGGGUACUGUUGUUGACUUUGGCGAGGCACCAAGCCAAGUCCUCGAGAAUUGGUGCUGGACGCCCGAACAGAUCAUUUCCCUCAGUCACCACUACUCAUAUCUGUCCGACGACUACCUGAAUACCUGGAAGUCUAAGAUAGGGAAGAAUGAAGAUAUCAUGCAGCCACCAAAGGCAUUGCCGCGGGCAAUGGUUGAAAGUCUCCUAAAGGCGAAGCAUGCGAACAAGGCUCUGGACACUUUGCAUCAGCUCUUUAUCGGAACUUUCGACAUGGCUGUCCAUCAACUUAAUGAUAGAAGUGAGGAUCAGAGUUUCACAACAUUGUGGAAUCGCCUUCGGCGGGAUAUCGUCCCGACCGACGACCUUUCCGCCUUGGGUGCUGGCGACGAGUGGGGGCACGGAUACACCAAUAUCGGGCACUUCAUGAACGAGUAUGACGCUGGGUUCUACAGCUACCUGUUUUCAAAGGUUUAUGCGCAAGACAUCUUCUCCACCGUGUUCAAAAGCGAUCCGAUGAGUGUUGAAGCGGGUCGAAGGUAUCGCCACGGUGUGUUAGAGAAGGGUGGCAGCCAGCCGGAGAUGACUACUUUGCAAGAGUUUCUUGGUAGGGAGGCGAAGAUGGAGGCUUUCUAUGAAGACUUGGGUCUUGAAUUGCGAUAG